AUGGUUUGCUCGAGCUGUGGCGACUACGUGUAUGAGUACUGCUCCAUCCACGGACGCCUUCUGGUUAUUCCCGAUGAUGAGGUGCCCCCUCCGCCGCGGCCGCCCCUCCCCCCGCGCGCCGCCCUCACCCUCCCCCGCGCCUUCCUGCACUUGGCUCCGUCCACUAUACCAGGUGCAGGGGUAGGAGUGUUCAGUACGCUGACGCUGGCCACAGGGGUCCGCUUCGGGCCCUACCGCGGCCUGAAGACCCAGGCCGUGACCUCGGCCUACUGUUGGCAGAUUUUCGACCGCGAGCACAAGCCGUCUCACGUUCUGGACGCGCGCGACGCCAACAAGUCCAACUGGAUGCGCUACGUCAACUGCUCGCGGCACUUUAGCGAGCAGAACCUUGUGGCGUUCCAGUAUCAGGGCCAGCUGUACUACAGGACAAUAAAGAUAAUCCCCCGCUUCACGGAGCUGCUGGUAUUCUACGGCAGUGAGUUCGCCAGCGAGCUGCGGGUGGACCUGCGCCGGUACCACACGCCCUGCACCCAGACACUCGUAAAAUGUGAAGCAGAAAAUGACGAAGACACUAAAAUACCUGAAGAGAAGCUUGUUACUGAGACUGCGGUUGAUAAUAAAGAAAACCUGAUGCAGACCAAAUACCCUCUGGAAGUUGAGCAGAUAGAUGAUGAGAGUAAACAUUCCUCUGAGGGUGAUUUUUUAAAAACUCAUUUGAAUGAGCGGAAGAAUGAAAAUGUAGUGCAAAAGCCAGAUCCUCUGGAGGAAGAUAUAUAUGAUAUUGAUGAGAAUAAACACCAGUCCUCUGAGAAAAAGAGACCACACACAUGCACAAUUUGUGGGAAACCAUUCAGAAAACCGUCGUGUCUAAGAAGGCACAUGAUGACACAUAGCCAAGAUAAGCCGCAUGUAUGCGAGAUUUGCAGCCGAGGUUUUGCACAGACAUACCACUUGAAGCACCACAUGAAAGUACACACCAAUGAAGAACCUGAGAUUAAGCAGACAUUCUUAUAA